GUUUCCAAGCAAGAACAGAAAAAAAUGGAUGUGUCUGAUGGAGGAACGGCUGAAACUUCCUCGCGUUACAGUGGAGCACAGGACAGCGGAAUCGGCAGCGACAGCGUGAGGAUCCGAAUAGUGCAGAUAGAGCAGCACAGCGGCGCCAGCCAGCACCGCAUCGCCCGCCCUUCGCGCCAGUCUUCCAUCGUGAAGAACCUGAACUUCAUCCCCUUCGACAUCUUCGUGACGGCCAGCCGGAUCUCCCUCAUGACGUACUCGUGUACCGCCCUGCCUAAGCCGAAGGCCCCGGCAGCCCACAAGGAUGGCGAGAAAACCAGCAGAAGCUCCUUGAACCUCCCGGAGGCGGGAGCGGGGAGCCGCCGCCAUGGCGAGGAGGCCCCGCAGGAAGGCCUCUCCUCCGUCACGGCGGACGACCUGCUGCACAGCAGCGCUCCGCCGGCGGCGGGCAGGAAGCCCGCGCUCUUGUCCCUGGAAAGCCUGCACGCUUCCACGCGGUCGUCGGCACGGCAGGCCCUCGGCAUCACCAUCGUCCGGCAGCCCGGGCGCAGGGGCGCCGGCGACGUGGAGCUCCAGCCCUUCCUCUACCUCGUGGUCUCGCAGCCCUCGGUGCUCCUCAGCUGCCACCACCGGAAGCAGAAGGUGGAAAUAUCCAUGUUUGAUGCAGGGCUCAAAGGAGUAGCCUCGGACUACAAGUGUACGGAUCCUGGCAAGACUCUACCAGAAGCCCUGGAUUAUUGCAGGAUUUGGAUGCAGACAGUAGCGGGAGAGGUGGACACCAAGAGCGGCAUUCCACCUCCUCUUGUCACAGUGCAAAUUAAAGACUUCCUUAAUGGACCAGCUGAUAUAAAUGUGGAUAUAUCAAAACCAUUGAAGGCAAACCUCAGUUUUGUCAAACUUGAUCAAAUAAACCAGUUUUUGAAUAAAAUUGUAAACACAAAUGAACCCAACAAGGAGGCUGCAAAAUCAGCUGCUACUGCUACAAACAAGGAUGCCACGGCCAAACACUCCAGUACCAGGGAUUUGCUACCUGCGGUAAAUGCUAACAGUGCCCAAAACGUUUCGGUACAAGAAAACUGGUGGAGAGCUCUUUCCUGCUUCCAGAAAAUUUCCAUCCACACUGUUCAAAUGGUCGUCUCCAUGGAAACCAUCCCGCAUCCAAGGAAACCUUGUUUGCUAUUCUCUUUAUCAAGCCUCACUGGAAGCCUGAAUAUCAAAAGUGGACAUAAAGCUACAGGGAUUCACGGAUCAUCUCUUGUCCUUGACAUAAAAGAUUUCCUGCUCCAAACGAGUCUGCAGGACCGAGCGCGAGCCCUGCUCGGGCCUUGCUGCUGCGCGGCGCGCGUGGAGGCCAAGUGGUGCCAGCACAGCGGGGACCCGGGCGCCGCGCGGGCCCUGCCGCAGCUGCAGCUCCAGCUCGGCGCGGGGCUGCUCCAGGUUUUCUGGGGUCAGGAGCAUUUGAACUGCUUAGUUCUUCUCCAGGAGCUUCUGCAGGAGUACCUCUCCAGAAACAGCAGUGCAAAUUCCUCCAUAUCUGAGCCUACCUAUCCCACCUGUUCUUCUGGAGAAAGGAAUCAGGCCUCCAAAACUGAGCAUACCUCAGAUGAUCUGAGAACAGGCAUGUUCCAGUAUAUACAAGAUGCAGAAGCACAAAAGCUGCCCAGUGCCUAUGAAGUUGUGUUUUACAAUGAAACUGAGGACAGUCCAGGAAUGAUGUUAUGGAGAUAUCCAGAACCCAGAGUGCUCACUCUUGUAAGAAUUAACCCUGUUCCUUUCAAUACGACUGAAGAUCCAGAUAUUAGUACUGCUGACCUAGGAGAUGUUCUUCAGAUUCCUUGCAGCUUGGAGUAUUGGGAUGAGCUUCAGAAAUCAUUUGUUGCAUUCCGGGAGUUCAGUCUAUCAGAAAGCAAGGUCUGUGAACUACAGCUGCCCAGCAUCAACCUUGUGAGUGAUCAGAAGGAGCUCAUAGCCUCAGAUCUGUGGAGGAUUGUCCUGAACAGCAGUCAGAACGUGCCUGAUGACCAAAGCUCAGAAAGUGAAUCUGGCUCACAGAGUGCAUGUGAUCAGCUUGUAACUCCUACCGCACUGGCAGCCUGUACCAGGGUCGACUCCUGUUUUACGCCUUGGUUCGUGCCCUCACUUAGCCUGUUGGUCCAGUUUACUUAUUUGGAAGUCCAUCUCUGCCAUCAUCUUGAUCAACUAGGAGCAGCUCCACCAAAGUUUCUUCAACCAUUCACAUCUGACAAAAGCCUGCCCUCUGAACUGGAAUACAUGGUCAUUUCCUUUGAGGAGCCUCAUGUCUGUCUUCGUCAGUGGAGUGAUGAGUCAAGGUUCCAGGAGAUCCAGUUUUCAACUCAAGCCAGCUGCAGACUGCUGGAGUGCCGAAACGUGACUAUGCAAAGUGUUGUAAAGCCUUUCAAAAUCUGGGGGCAGCUUGCUCUUUCCAGCAGUACCGAUGGAAGAAUCUUGGACAGCACAAUAAUGGUGGACCCCGUUUUCAUCGGCUUUGGCCAAUAUGCAAUUCAUUCUCUAAAUACAGCCAUUCAAGCUUGGCAACAGAACCGGUGCCCUGAGGCAGAGGAAUUGGUCUUCAGCCAUUUUGUGAUCUGUAAUGACACACAGGAGACACUGCGGUUUGGCCAGGUGGAUACUGAUGAAAACAUUUUGCUGGCGAGUCUCCACAGUCACCAGUACAGCUGGCGCUCUCACAAGUCCCCACAGCUGUUACACAUCUGUAUCGAAGGCUGGGGAAACUGGCGCUGGUCGGAACCCUUCAGCGUGGACAAUACAGGGACCUUCAUUCGAACCAUCCAGUACAAGGGCCGCACAGCAUCGCUCAUCAUCAAGAUUCAGCAGCUCAGUGGGGUGCAAAAGCAAAUCCUAAUCUGUGGAAGACAGACAGUCUGCAGUUACCUCUCUGAAAGUAUUGAACUGAGGGUGGUUCAGCACUACAUUAGUCAGGACGGCCAGGCGGUUGUUAAGGAACACAUCAACUGCCUUGCAGCCAGGCAGAAGUUGCCUUCGUACGUCCUAGAAAACAGUGAGCUCACAGAGCUGAGUGUGAAAGCUACUGGGGACGAAGACUGGUCACAAGACGUAUGUCUAACUUCUAAACACACAGAACACAGCACUGUCAUUCAGGUACCAUCUUCAAAGAGCUCGAUUACUUACGUGUGGUGCACAGUUUUGACUUUAGAGCCCAACUCUCAAGUGCAGCAACGAAUAAUUGUUUUCAGCCCUCUUUUCAUUGUAAGGAGCCAUCUUCCAGACCCAAUUAUCAUACAUUUAGAGAAAAGAAGCCUGGGAUUGAGUGAAACACAAGUGAUUCCAGGGAAAGGUCAAGAGAAGCCAUUGCAAAAUAUAGAACCUGAUCUUACACACCACCUGACCUUUCAAGCCAGGUAUAAUCCCGCGUGGCCCUAUAAUAGGAAGGAUUCAGACAGCGGCGAACAGCUCUCUCAGUGGGACAGCCCAAUGCGGGUAAAGCUCUCCGUGUGGAAACCAUGUGUCAAAACGCUGCUCAUAGAGCUCCUGCCCUGGGCUCUGCUGAUCAAUCAGUCCAAGUGGGAUCUCUGGCUGUUUGAAGGAGAGAAGAUAGUUCUUCAGAUACCCACUGGGAAAGUAAUUAUACCUCCCAACUUUGAGGAAGCUUUUCAAGUUGGGAUAUACUGGGCAAACACUAAUACUGUGCACAAAUCAGUGGCAAUCAAAUUAGUUCAUAAUGUGACCUCCCCAAAAUGGAAGGACGUCGACACUGGGGAAGUGGUAACGUUGGAUGAAGAAGGUUUUGUUGAAGCUGAAAUAAAACUUGGUGCUUUUCCAGGUCAUCAAAAGUUAUGUCAGUUCUGCAUUUCCUCUAUGGUCCAACAAGGUAUACAGAUUCUACAGAUAGAAGACAAGACAACAAUCAUCAAUGAUACAUCCUAUCAAAUCUAUUAUAGACCACAGCUUUCUAUUUCCAAAUCCCACUUGGGAGAAGAGUCCUUCCGCUCCCCGGACAGCGCCGUGUUCAGCGUCGGUCCAGCUGGGGCACCACGCACCGAAACACUUGGCUCCGUCCCGUGUUGGGACGUCGUGUCGGACCUCGGCCCACUAACUUCAGGAGCAGCCCCUACCCAAAAACACAUCCUGCUGAGCUUCAGCCCAGGUGCCUCUGCUGACGGUGCUGAGCUCUGGAGCCUGCCAGCCCUCAUUAAACAGGAGUUGCCUAGACAGAGCGUGGCAGUGCCCAUAGGGGCUUGUAAUGAAAGUGGAUUUUGUACCAGAGCUAUAGCACUGACUUAUCAAGAACAUCUCGGUGUGACAUACCUAACACUUACAGAAGACCCUAGUCCUCGCAUCAUUAUCCACAACAAGUGCUCUGUUUCGUUGCUUGUAAAAGAGAACUUCAAAGAUACACCAAAGUUUGAAGUUUAUUGUAGAAAGAUCCCAGCUGAAUGUUCAGUCCAUCAUGAACUUUACCAUCAAGUUUCCAGCUAUCCAGAUUGCAAAACCAGAGAUUUAUUACCCAGCAUUCUUCUGAAGGUGAUAUCAUCCAAUGAAUUAGUAAAUGAAUGGAGCGAUUUUGUGGACAUAAAUAAUCAAGGAACACAGAUUGUGUUCUUAACUGGCUUUGGCUAUGUUUAUGUGGACAUUGCCCAUCAGUGUGGAACAAUAAUAAUAACUUUGGCCCCAGAAGGAAAAGCAGGACCCAUUGAGAUCAACCUCAACAGAAACCAAGAGCAGACCCUUUUAUUGAAAUUGUUCAUCAAUCAGCUAAGUCUUGCUGUGUUUGAUGAUAUCACAAAUCACAAAGUGUCAUCUGAACUCCUGCGCCUCACGGCAGACAACGUCUUCCUCCACCUGGCCCCAGGAGCCAGCGACCUGAGACCCCUGGCACAGGAGCUCCCACGAGACGCCUGGGAAGGCCUCCCACAACUUUACAGUCUCCAAAUGUAUUGUGAAGACCUGCAACUGGACAACCAGCUGUACAACAAAUCCAAUUUCCAUUUUGAAGUCCUGCUUUGCCAAGGAGAGAAAAAUGAGACCGUGCAGUGGUCUAGAGUGAGCAACCUCAUUGUGUCUAACAAGGAUUUGGAAAACUAUAAGGAAAACUGCUUUAUAAAAGUCUACAUUGCUUUGUCCAAGGAAGAGAAAUUCAUGUUUCACAUUAAUGACCUCAGCUUUGAGCUCAAACCAGCUAGGCUGUAUGUGGAAGACACCUUUGUUUACUACAUUAAGACUUUGUUUGAUACGUAUCUUCCACAAAACAAAGCUAUUUGUCAGUCCACAAACACUACAGAUAUUACAUUUAUACUGCCCAAACAAGUGAGAGAACAUGCAAGAGCUUUAGUCAAGCCAGUGAAAUUAAGCAAAUUAACAAUACAACCUGUUAAUCUCCUCGUCAGUAUUCAUGCUUCGUUAAAACUGUAUAUAGCCUCAGAUCACACCCCUCUGUCCUUCUCCGUGUUUGAGCGAGGACCCAUCUUCACCACUGCCAGACAACUCGUCCAUGCCUUGGCCAUGCAUUAUGCUGCUGGAGCCCUUUUCCGAGCAGGCUGGGUUGUUGGAUCUCUGGAAAUCCUCGGAAGCCCGGCUAGCCUGGUGAGAAGCAUAGGGAAUGGCAUAGCGGAUUUCUUUAGGCUCCCAUAUGAAGGGCUGACCAGAGGCCCAGGAGCGUUUGUCAGUGGAGUUUCCAGAGGAACAACGUCAUUUGUAAAGCACAUUUCCAAAGGUACACUGACGUCAAUUACCAAUCUGGCAACGAGCCUUGCUCGAAAUAUGGAUAGGCUGUCACUGGAUGAGGAGCACUACAACAGGCAAGAGGAAUGGAGAAGGCAGCUGCCCGAGAACCUGGGAGAAGGACUCCGGCAGGGGCUGUCCCGCUUAGGCAUUAGCCUGCUAGGUGCAAUUGCCGGUAUUGUAGAUCAGCCGAUGCAGAAUUUUCAGAAAGUAUCCGAGGGCCAAGCUUCCGCGGGGCACAAAGCCAAAGGCGUUAUCUCCGGAGUGGGAAAGGGAAUCAUGGGGGUCUUCACCAAGCCCAUCGGCGGCGCGGCGGAGCUUGUCUCCCAGACGGGCUACGGUAUUUUGCAUGGAGCUGGACUUUCUCAGCUUCCCAAGCAGCGCUCUCAUCCAAAUGAUCAACAUGUUGAGCGGGCUCCAAACAGCCACGUCAAAUAUGUCUGGAAAAUGCUGCAAUCUCUGGGAAGGCCAGAAGUCCAUAUGGCCCUCAACGUCAUGAUAGUGAGCGGAUCGGGGCAGCAGCAUGAAGGCUGCUUGCUGCUCACCUCCGAGGUGCUCUUUGUGGUCAGCCUCAGCGAGGACACCCAGCAGCAGGCGUUCCCCGUGACCGAGGUCGACUGCCUGGAAGACGAACAGCAAAAGAACCUGCUGAGGGUGCAGCUCAAGCAACAGAGAGUGCCUUGUGAUUUGGAGGUAAAGGCUGAGGAGCAUUUUGUUUCCCUGAUACAGCUGCGCUGGUGGCGUUUUCGACACCGGGCCUGCUCACCUUCGGGUUGGGAUGCCACAGGUCCCAGACCAAGGGAGCUGUUGUUUGUCCACACCUCACUGUUGUCUCUGUCACUGUUUGAGUGA